AUGUCACAGAAAAGUCGGAGCGCGCCGUCUGGUGGCGCAACAGCGGCAUCGGCUGGAAGCGUGCCUGCGCGCCUUCGCGCCCACACUGCUGAGCUGGAGAGUAUUUUCAAGAGAAUGGACAUCGACGGAGACGGGAAACUGAGUGAAGAAGAUCUGACUGCCUUUAUGAAAGAGCGCGUGGACUAUCCGCUGGAUCGCGAUCAGGUGAAAGCCAUCAUCAUGGAGUUGCGGGGGUCUGGAAAGACAGUGGAAACGACCAAGGGCUCGUUCCCUCCUGUGGACUUCCCCACAUUCCUCGGUUUCAUUGACUGCCAGCUCAUGAAGCCUCUUCCCGACCUGCUCGGCGAAAUCUUCCAGCACAUGGAUACCGACAAGGACGGGAAGCUGACGGCUAGGGAAGUCCAGACGUUUGCUGAGCGUCUCGACAUCAAACUGGGGGUGGACGGCGCGUCUGAACUCCUGAAUCGAGGUCACCAGGAGACCGCCGCAACGUUCGAGGAGUUCUGCGGCCUAGUGCAGAAGGCGCUGCCAUCAGUCGGGCGAUAA